ACAAUCAUGGCGGACGAAGGAGCAGUUACAGAAAAGCCAAAGAAGACAAAACGGACUCCAAAAAAAGCCAUGGAAGACAUACCAAUGUCUACAUUUGACAAGUCUGGUAGCAAGUUUGAGAUGUUGUUGCAGCAGGCAGUGGACCAGAGUUUGAGUGAGGCAAGAAAGGAAAAGAAAAAGAAGAAAAACAAAGGAGACACGUCUGUGUUGGAAUCCUUGCGAAAGGGUGAAGGGUUGCAGAAAGAUGUGGAUGAAACCCAGCUGGCAAACAUGUAUGAUCCAGAUGAUACAAAGUUCGAAAAAAGCAAUAAACGGAAACAAAAGAUUUUAGAUGAUAAAAAUAGACAAAAUGAACUCAACAUUGUGGAUGAAACAAAAGGAAAAACAAAAAAGAAAAAGAAAGGGAAAGGACAGGAUGAACUAAUAGAAAAUGUGGAGGAGUCCCAUGUGCAAGACAAGACGAUGACCAUGGCUGAGUUGGAUGCCUCUGUGGCCACAGGGAAGAAGAAGAAGAAGAAAAAGGAGGCACAGGAGGAGGCUCAGCCAGUGACAAGUGCAAGGUCAGAAGAGGAGCCUAGCAGUGUGACAUCCCCUAAAAAGAAGCCCCGUAAGAAGCCGACCCCCAGGGAAGAUGGGGCUAGAACCCCUGAUGGGGCGCUGACCCCAGAAAGGGUGCUUACCCCUACAAAGAAGAAGAAGGCCAAAUCCCCUGAUACCUCCACUGUACAGAUUGAAGAUGAAACUGCCACGCCUACAAAAUCAAAGAAAAAGAAGGCCAAAGGUGGUGCAACAGAAGAUGAAGGUGUUCUUUCACCCGAGGAGGAGCCAGUAAAGUCACCAAAAGGCAAAAAGGGGAAGAAAAAGAAAACGGAAGGUGAGACGGAAGAUGAAUCAGCAUUGUCACCAUCAGAAGAACCUAUGUCCCCUAAAGGGAAGAAAGGGAAGAAGAAGAAGGGAGCAGAAGGGGAAACAGAGGAAGCAGGUUCAUCGGGGGAGGGCACUCAGGUUGUUAAGAAAGGGGCAAAGGUCAAGAAAGGUCAGGCGUUGACAGAUGAGGAAGGUUUGUCGCCUUCUGAGGAGGCCCCUGGUGGAGAGAAAAAGACGAAGAAGAAAAAGAAGAAAACCGUAAAGGAUGAGGAGACUGAGGAGAAAGAUGAGGAAGAGACGGAGGCUCCAAAACCCAAAGAAAGAAAAAAGAAAACAAAGAAAGCUGAUGAAGAAGCCACAGCAACAGAGGACGAAGAGGUGCCUCCAGAUGGGAUGGAUGCAGAAGACGAUGGGCGUAUACUGGCGGUCACGGUCCACCGCACGGACAAACUGAAGAACGACUUCUACAUCAUGCAUCCCAUGGUCCGGGUGCAUGUCUUUGAUGAGCUCACGGGACAUUACCUACCGAAACAGCACAAGGACAGAGCAGUGACAGCCUAUUAUGAGACAAAGAAUGACAAAGUCACACACAUACUUCCUAUCAUGACCAAACCUUUUGAUUUCAAGCUUAACAAGUCGGUGCUUCCGGUAUGGGAGGAAUUACUGGUGUUCAAUGAGAACUACAACUAUUUCAUACAGGACAAACCCAAAGUGAUGCUCCUGUUUGAGUUGGUUGAUUUUGUGAGUAUGAACCGCACCAACCAGCAGUCGAACGACAGAGUUGACAAGGGGCUGCAUAGGAUUGCCUGGGCCUUCCUGAAAAUUGUGGGCAACAACAAAAAGAUUAACACUGGCUCCAAGGUUCGGCUGCAGCUGUUUGAGCCGCCAGAGGGCAGCGUGCGUCGGCGUGGCGAGACCGAGGAGGAGCACUUCCUGUGGUGGAAGAACUGCCCACGCAAGCCCUACCCCUCCACCCUCUACCUCACCCUCAAGGGCAUCACUCCACCCAGCCAGGUGGAGCCAGCAGAGAGGUCACUGUUCGCUACCCAGGAGGAACGCGGCAGAAUGACAUAUGAAGAUCUUAAGAAGACUGUGAACUGGACUGGGAGAAAACAAGUACCAAAGAAGAACCUGACCUCCUGGUCGCGUUUGGCCGGUCAGCUGUGCCGUAUCCCCAAUCAGCUGUCCCACUCACUGCCUACGGCCAAGAAAGGCUGCUACAUUGUACGCUUCUCACACGACGGGCGGAGUCUAGCCUGUGCUUGCCAGGGAACUGAAGGAUUUCCCAUUCUCGUCUAUGAGAUGCCCUCUGGGCGCCUAAGAGGGAAGUUCAGUGGACAUUUCGGUAUUGUGUAUGACAUGAGCUGGUCAAAGACAGACAAGCAGUUGCUCACAGCUUCGUCAGAUGGAACUGCGAGGAUAUGGAACGUGGAAGAGUUUGGUGAGCAGCAGCAGAAGUUAUUACCCCACCCAUCGUUCGUCUACUGCUCCCAGUUUCACCCCAGGGUCGACAAUAUCGCUGUCACCGGGUGUUUUGAUCAGGUCAUCAGAGUAUGGGAUGUUGAGGAGGAGGGCGAUACGUUUCGUUUGCGGCAGGAGCUGGAUGAUCAUCCAGGCCUGGUGAACUCGAUCUGUUUCUCUGAGGACGGACAGAAGAUGUACAGUGCUGACAGCACGGGAGUGAUCAUCAUUUGGAACUCUUUCUUCACAGAACAGCCAACAAAAAAAGGUGUAGCUAGAGAUUGGACCAAGUUUAAGACAAUUGAGGAUCCUGAUAUCAAGGGUACAGUGAUAAACUUCAUAACGCUUCACCCACGCGAGCGAAGGUUGCUGGUGCACUGUCGAGACAAUGUCAUCAGAAUGUUUGACCUAAGAAUUGAGCGAGUGAUGCAGAAAUACAUAGGUGCAUUGAACUUUCGAGAGCAGAUACGCAGUACAGUUUCUCCAUGCGGAUCCUUCGUUUUCUCAGGCAGCGAGGAUAACUUCGCCUAUGCCUGGAACACAGACACAGGUGAUCAGGUGAUCAUGUAUUCAGAGCUUAACUUCCAGAACCCUGUCACGGACGUGCAUUAUCACCCGAGAGAUCACAUGGUGGCCUUCUGCUCCCUGGGAGAAAACCACCCUGUACUCGUAUACAGCUACGAUGUGGGCGUUGCCCAGUAUGAGGCGGGAUUGUCCCCAAGAGUUAUCUCCCCUUCCCCAGCGGAAGAGGCAACACUGGGCACACCCAAGCUAGCUGAAGAGUUAGCCAGCAAGGGUGUCUUGUCCAAGGAGGAGUUUGACAUCCACACUGCGCAGCGCUUUGACAAGGUCAUGAAGACGCUCAACAAGGUCACGAUGAUGCAUAUGCAACAUCAUAUGACCAUGGCUCAGAUGACCAUGACCCCCACCCUGGACCUACCUGGAACUGCAGUCAUGAGCCCACGCAGCACCAUGAUGACCCUGGGCUCCCAUGGAUAUGAUAUGUACGGAACUACACCCAGAUCAAUGACUGGCAGCCCAACGAUGUUUAGUCCUCACGCCAGUCGGUCCAUGGAGGCCACAAAGAGACACCAACAUUUUGCAGCACAGAACAUGUACAUGAAGGGGGCUGACUCCUGGAGACCCAAGUUCAGCGAAGUGGGACGUCAUGGACGUAGCACCAGUCCUGUGUUUGGUAGAGGUCCACAGAUGAAUCUCACGGGCUCCGCCCAAGGGAAAGCACAGUUCAAUUUUGAAGCAGCUCCAGGUAAAUCAGGACAGCUCAAAGAAAAGUACGUGGUCAUCUACGACUACAAGGCUCAGCGUUCUGACGAGCUGGACCUGUUUGCUGGAGAUGAGGUCACGAUCCUCCACAAGGACACGGAGCACUGGUGGAUGGGGGAGCUGGCCAAUGGCGACCAGGGAUACUUCCCAGCAAACUAUGUCAUACCAGAGGGAGAGGAGCUGCAGGAGGUUGGCAGGAGACAGAUGACUCCGGAUGAUUCUGAUACGGACACCAAGCAGUUGACUGCAGUCCGCACCAAGUCCGGGGAGCUCAAGUUUGUGUCCGGGAACGAGGAAUCGGAGGACGACUUGCUGGAGUCCAGCAGAAGUCGAAGACGGAAAAAGCGUAAUUCCCAGGAUAGUGCCGCGUCUGGGGCAAGUUUGAGUGGCACCACAGGAACAACCAAGAAACCUCCACGAAAAGCGGCACAGAAGGUUCGAAUCAACGAAGAUGAAAAUACUGAAUCUAAAGCCUAGUAAACAGUGUUGGACAAAGAGAAAAACUGAAGAUUUUUAAAAGAGGAAAUGUUUUAUUCUAAAGCACAGUAAAAUGUGUUGAGAGGAGAUGAGAACAUGAUGCAUUCAAGCUUAAUUAUUUUAAGUAACAUUACUACUCAAAAUCAACGACAAUUUCGUACAAUAUUUCUUAAAAUAAACAUAACCAAUUAAAAACCAGUGUUCCUUAUGGCAAUUGCCGAAAUUUCAAGCCAGAUGUGGUCUGGUCAAAUAGAUGUUUGCAGAUACAAAAUGCUCGUUGUUUUUCCAUUUUAAUUUUCCGCAACGAUAUCUAGUCAUUAGACACAUGAACACUAACAUGGUGUUUGUGUGUCGUUUGAAUAGAUAUAUUCGCAGGAAAUUCAAAUGAAAUUAAUUGUGGUCACAAAUAAAUAAAAAUGAGCAUUUUGUAUCUACAAAAAUCUAUGUAAUCAUACCACAUCUAGUGUUGAAAUUGUGGCUAUAGCUAUAUGACACACUGAUUGUUUAGGUGUAAACUUUUUUUUACGAAAUACUUUACAAAAUUUUGUUGAUUUUGAGCGUUAUAGAGACUUUAAAACUAUCAGAUGAAAAUGUUUUUCUAAGGCUUAUAAAUUUCUUCAUGCGGUAGAUAAUUUUCUCAGAAAAUUACAAUUUACAAUUUUUGUUUGGGAAAUAAAUUCUCUUAGGACCUCUUGGAAGUUUGUAGAAUGAUAUUAGUAAGUUUGUUUGUAGUUUUAUUAUAAAACAAAUAGGCUUAGGCAUGCUAGUUUACAACAGAUAUCAACUGUUUAACCAUAAGAUCUUACCCAUUUUUUAGUAAUAUGAUUUUUUAAAAUCUAUUUAAAAAACAUGUUUAUGUAUCUAUGUAAAGUGUUUAAUAUGGAAAUUUGAGGAUAAGCCCUUUAAAGAUUCCUUAACAAUAAAAUUCAAUUAUUAUUUUUGAUAGGGCUGAAGUUAAAAAUGCGCUUGUAUGUUUAGACAUGGGUAAUUUGAAGUAGGGAGUUUGAAUCUGUCCAGCUUAAACUUAUUUUUUAUUCUCUGAUUAUCUUACCAAGAUUUUAAGCAAUUCUGUGAUAUUGUUUCAUAUUUUUAAUUGUCUGUCAUGUGUGUUUUGUUUCCAUGGUUAAGUAAUUAAAGUUGUAUGACUAUUGGGUAUGACAUGUAUUUAUCUUGACAGGAUUGACUAGCUGAUUUAGACAAAUGAGCCGCUUUCGGUAGAAACAAAGGGGGGUAUGCAUGCACGUAAAUUGAUAUGCCAGUCAACAAUGGACAACACAUUAUUGUCAGGGACAACACAUUCUGCUUUUAUGGUAUUUUUUGUUUAAAAGAAGUUGCUUCAGAGAGAAAAUCCAGUUAAGGCAGAAAGUGUUGUCCCUUACUAGCCUGUGUGGACUGCACAGGCUGAGCCGUGACUACACUUUACACACAUGCAUUGAGUCCAAUUUUCCCAGAGCCAGACUCAAAUAUUUUGCCUAAUCAUCAUUCAUUUGUUAAUUAUCAGCAAAUUUAAAUUCUGACAAAGUUAACCAUGAGACGUCAUCAGAACAAAAAUAUGUUGUUUAUUUACAUAUAAACAAUGAUGAUUGUGAUUUGCCCCUCCCCACC